AUGGCUAUAAAGAUAUCAAGGUCGAGAUUGUUUGGGUUCCUGAGGAGGGUUUUUCAUUACCAGAAUGGACCGAGGUCGGAUUUAGGUUCCAACCCGUUUAAUUCUGGGACUUGGAUAGUGACCGAGUUUGUGGUUCUGGCUGUUCAAAUAGUUAUGAUCAUGUAUACUCUGGCGAUUUCCAAAGAGGAAAAGCCGGUUUGGCCCAUGAGGAUUUGGGUUUCCGGGUACGGUUUGGGAUGUAUACUUAGUUUGAUGCAACUUUGCUGGAGGUAUCAUUUGGUUUGUUUGUCCCAAAAUCAUGGAGGAGAAGCUUUAAAUUUAAACAGUGUUUCGGAUGUUGAACAGCAGAGGAGCCACGAUGAUUCCAGAUACUUGCAGUCCAUGAACAAAUACAGGACGUACCUUGAACUCUUCUUUGCAAUCUGGUUCGUGAUGGGUAACGUUUGGGUAUUCGAUUCUCGAUUCGGGUCGUUUCGCCGAUCCCCUAAGCUCCAUAUCCUCUGCAUUUCUCUGCUGGCUUGGAAUGCAAUUAGUUACUCUUUCCCCUUCAUCCUGUUCGUGUUACUAUGUUGUUGUGUCCCAUUGAUCAGUACCAUGCUCGGUUACAACAUGACCAUGGGAUCUAACGAUCGAGGGGCGUCCGACGAGCAACUGUCGAAGCUAGCUAGCUGGAAAUACAAGGAAGUUGGUAAUGAUUUGGAGGCUGGAAAAACAGUCCAGAACAAAGAAAAUCCAGUAAGUAGUAAAAUCAGUCUUUUACGUACCACUAAAAUAACAUCGCAGUUUUCUUACAGUGACUAAUGCGACAGUCGAUAUGGAAUAGUGACUAAUGUAAUUUUUCAUCGUUGUUGUGCUAAUGAGAUGAAAUGGAACUUUGAACAGGAAUGCUGCAUUUGUUUAGCCAAAUACAAAGAGAAAGAAGAGAUAAGGCAACUACCAUGUUCUCACAUCUUUCAUCUCAAGUGUGU